AUGACCUCCAUGAUUGUCGCUGGUGCCACUGGGGCAAUCGGCCGUACCGUCGUGCAGAAUGCCAUUCAACAGCCAUCGAUCUACCAAGUUGUGGCACUGACGCGGCUCAAGAAUACCGCUGCGUCGAACUACGAGAGUCUCUUCGGCAUCAUCACUGCAGCUGAGGCAAGCAACACUGACAACGGCGGCAAGGGCGUUAGCAGAAAGGGAAAGACGGGCAGUGGCUCACCUGCUGGCACCGUCACAGUCACACCCGAGGAGGCUGCCAAGAUCAAGCCCAUUACAAUAGACUGGGAAGAGUUCACGCAGCUGUGGGUGGCAAAGCGUAAUAGCGCCAGCGCUGCCGCUCGCGGGGCCGACAACAGUGCCGCGGACGCUGCGGCCGCAGAUCCCAUGGAAAAUUACAGGAGCAUCUUCAGUGGCCACACGUACGCCGCCAUGUGUCUUGGCACCACCCGCAAGGACGCCGGAAGCGCCAAGAACUUCAUUCGGUGCGACUAUGAUUACGUGACCGCCUUCACUGAAGCUGUGCUGACGUACUCGGCGCCGGCUGGCCUGUCACCAGACACGGCCUUUAUGCACCAUAUCGGUGACGAGGGGGUCUCGAAGCAAGCACGCGUGCAGGACAGCGUGGACAGCGAGAUGAAUGUGCUCGCCACCGUGAAGGGCAAUGCGGGCCAGUCCUCGGGGACACUUCGCGUCUUCUGCCAGGUUAGCGCCAGCAGCGCCAGCAGCAGCUCAUGGUUUCUCUACGUAAAGACAAAGGGCAUUGCCGACGAGUCCACAGUGGAGCGGGUUCACCAGCACAACAAGCUCACCACCGCCUCCGCGACGCUGUCACCGGUGAAGCUUCUCUUGCUUAAGCCAGGGCUGCUGGAGCGCCGUGGCAAGGCCCGACGAAUUGAAAAGUUGGCCAAGCUCAUUGUAUCACCUAUCCCAGUCGAGACCUGCGGGGCCGCUAUCGUGUCGGCGUGCAAGCACUCGCCGAUCCAGCAUCACGUGCAACAUCCAGCGACCAUCUCUGCAGCAGCGGAGCAAGCGAAGUACGACGAGGCGGAAGAGGCGCAGCUAAAGAAGGGUGACGAUGUUAUUGCGGCCAACAUACGAAAGAUGCCGCUUGGCAAGCCAUACAUGCCAACCAAGGCCAUGCACAGAGCCGGUGUGCCAUCCAACGAACCAUUCCCGCACAUUUAUGAGGCGACCAACCCGAUGAUCAAGGAUCUGGCAUCCAGGCUGACAGCCUAA